GCAGAUGAGCUGAUGACAAGGGUCCUGCUUCCUGGUUACGGAUCGGCUACUGACGGGCUUUAUCUUCCCUUCUUUUUCGUGUUUGUAGAAAGGCUGUUGAUGUGUGAGUGUUUGCAGGGAGAAUGUGUUCAGUCCAGCUUCAAGGAGAGUUUAUCAGCGAGCAGUUAACUCCUGCUGAAGAAACAUUGACGGAGGUUAAAGGAAGAGAGAAAAGGCCCAAAGUGGAGAUGGACGAUCAGCACAGACUGCUGGAUUUCACCAGGAUCCCCCAGAUCAUCUUACACCGGAUAGACCGCCUGCAGGAUUAUGUUGGAAAAGAAGAGGUUUUCCCUGGGCAGCAGUUCUCUGACCAGGAGAGGAAAUCCAGUUUGGACCAAGCAGAACCAGAACCUCUGCAGAUAAAAGAAGAGCAGCAAAAGCCAGAAAGUCCCUCAAUAAAAGAGGAAACCAUGGAGCUCCACAUAAACCGCCUGCAGGAUUAUGUUGGAAAAGAAGAGGUUUUCCCUGAGCAGCAGUUCUCUGAACAGGAGAGGAAUUCCAGUUUGGACCAAGCGGAACCAGAACCUCUGCAGAUAAAAGAAGAGCAGCAAAAGCCAGAACAUCCCUGGAUAAAAGAGGAAACCAUGGCGCUCCACAUAAACCGCCUGCAGGAUUAUGUUGGAAAAGAAGAGGUUUUCCCUGAGCAGCAGUUCUCUGAACAGGAGAGGAAUUCCAGUUUGGACCAAGCAGAACCAGAACCUCUGCAGAUAAAAGAAGAGCAGCAAAAGCCAGAACAUCCCUGGAUAAAAGUGGAAACCAUGGAGCUCCACAUAAACCGCCUGCAGGAUUAUGUUGGAAAAGAAGAGGUUUUCUCUGAGCAGCAGUUUUCUGGAAAGGAGAGGAAUUCCAGUUUGGACCAAGCAGAACCAGAAUCUCUGCAGAUAAAAGAAGAGCAGCAACAGCCAGAAAGUCCCUCACUAAAAGAGGAAACCGUGGAGCUUCCCAUAAGUAAACAUGAAGAGCAGCGUGUUCUGGAGCAGGAGACUAGAGAUACAGGAGAGAAACCUUUCCCAUGUUUAAGAUGUGGAGAAAGAUUUCUGAAAAAAGAAUAUUUAAAGGUUCACAUGAGAAUUCACAGAGGUCGGAAGAUUUACAAAUGUCAGUCUUGUGGAAAAACCUUCAAAUCUAAAUUUUAUAUUAAUAGACACAUGAGAACCCACACAGGUGAGAAGCCUUUCAAAUGUGAGUCCUGUGGAAAAAGCUUUUCUCAGACAUGUGAUCUUGAUAAACACACCAGAAUUCAUACAGGUGAGAAGCCGUUCAAAUGUGAAUUCUGUGGAAAAGGCUUUUGUCAGACGUCUGAUCUUUAUACACACACCAGAAUUCACACGGGUGAGAAGCCGUUUUCCUGUACUCUUUGUGGCAAAAGCUUUAGUAGAAAAAAUAACUUGACUGCUCACAUGAGAAUUCAUACGGGUGAGAAACCUUUCAAAUGUGAGUCUUGUGAGAAAAGCUUUACCGAAAAAGGCACUCUUGAUAAACACACCAGAACUCACACAGGUGAGAAGCCUUUCAGAUGUGAGUCCUGUGGAAAAAGCUUUUUCCGGACAUCUGAUCUUAACAAACACACAAGAAUUCACACGGGUGAGAAGCCGUUCAAAUGUGACUUCUGUGGAAAAGGUUUUUCUCAUAGAGUUGAUCUAUAUAAUCACACCAGAACUCACACAGGUGAGAAGCCGUUCUCCUGUAGUCUCUGUGGAAAAAGUUUUAUUAGAAAAACUAGCUUGACUUCUCACAUGAGAACUCACACGGGUGAGAAGCCUUUCAAAUGUGAGUACUGUGGAAAAGGCUUUACCUUAAAAGGCUCUCUUGACAAUCACAUCAGAAUUCACACAGGCGAGAAGCCGUUCUCCUGUACCCUUUGUGGCAAAAGUUUUUGUCAACAGGCUAGUUUGACUUACCACAUGUCAACUCAUGUGCAAAAUGUUUGCCCUCCAUGAAACGGAUCUUACAAAGAAAGAUGUAUUGCUUCACAUAAGAGAGGUCAUGCAGGAGCCAUAAAUGAAAAGGUGCUUUGAUCUUUGUUUGGGUUUUUAGCUGUUUUGUUUUUGAUUUUAUUUCUUUGUCCGGUUGGUUGUUUGUUGAGGAAUGGAGUUUUGUAUUUUGACAUAUUACUCACCUGUUGGAGUGUCACAGGUAGAAAGUGGGUGAGAGGGCCACUGUAUUUUUUAUUGACCACUCUACAAAUCCCUGUGAUCUACACUACAGUUCAAAAGUUUGGGGUCAUCCAAACAAUUUUGUGUUUUCCUGAAAAGUCACACUUAUUCACCACCAUAUGUUGUGAAAUUAAUAGGAAAUACAGUC